GGUAUAUGCCUGUAUUGCCCUUAUCUUCGUAUGCAUGGCAAACGUCAUCCAAUUGUACUUAAAUUCUCUUGUCCCGUUUCUUUUGAGAACCGAGCGGCUCGAAGUUUUGCUUGGCUGUCUGGUUUUAACCGCCAACAAAGACUUGACAUCCUCUAAUAGUUUCACCUCCGUCAAGAUGCGCCCCGUCAACUCGGCUACUGUACUUGGAGCCCUAAACCUAGCCCGUAUUGCUUCGGCAUGCUCCGGUUGUUCGGGUUCAGUGGAUCACGUCGAGCACGUCCGACACGUGAAGCGUAUGCAGCCCGGUGCUAUUAAUGCUACCUACGGACCUACGAGAGCUCUAGAGUGGGGUCAACUGAACUUUUUGCAUACUACCGACACUCAUGGAUGGCUAGAGGGUCACCUUAAGGAAGCUAAUUAUGGCGCUGAUUGGGGUGACUUCGUCUCCUUCUCGACUCAUUUCAAACACCAAGCCGGUAAAAUGGGCGUGGAUCUGCUUCUAGUAGAUACUGGGGAUUUGCACGAUGGGGCCGGGUUAAGCGACGCUACAUCACCGGACGGCGAGGUUUCGAUAAAGGUCUUCGACAAGGUCCAAUACGACUUAUUGGCUAUUGGCAACCACGAAUUGUAUCUGGCCGAAGUCGCCUACCAGGCUCUGGAUGAGAUAUCGGCGUACUGGGGCGAGAAGUAUCUCACAUCAAACGUCCAAAUACUCAACAGGCAGACGAAGGAAUGGCAGUAUAUCGGCAACACGCACCGAUACUUCACAACCAAGCAUGGACUUAGGAUCAUGGCUUUCGGCGUGUUAUUUGACUUUACUAGUAACACAAAUGUCUCUAAAGUCAUCCCUGCGAAGACCAUGGUUACGCAAAAAUGGUUUUUGGAUGCCAUCAAUUAUCCCGAGCCCGUGGACAUCUUCGUCGUUCUAGGCCAUAACCCUGCCAGGCCGACGGAUAAGGCGAGCACUUUCCCUAUCGUCUUGGACGCGAUUCGUGCGGUGCACCCGGACACUCCUGUCCAGUUUAUUGGAGGCCAUAGCCAUAUUCGAGAUUUUGCUGUUCUCGAUGGUAGUAGCACAGCGCUCGAGUCGGGCCGAUACUGUGAAACUCUCGGUUGGCUCUCGAUGUCGGGGUUCGACAAUAAAAACAGUGGCUAUUCUGGUAGCUUUCCCAGUCCUAUUGGUGUUCCUAAUCCAACUCGGAAAGCAAUAAAGAAUUCCACUUCUCCAUUCGUAUACUCUCGUCGCUAUCUCGAUUGGAACCGCAGAACUUUCGAGUACCACGCUGCGACGCGACAUAAUAAAAGCUUCGACUAUCAUAGCGGCCUGGCCGUCACGGCGGAUAUUACGAAAGACAGGAAGCAGCUUAACCUUACAGACGUGUACGGAUGCGUUCCUCAGGAUUAUUGUCUGACGUGCGCGCCUUUCAACGGCAGUGGCAGCAUCUUUCCUCUCCUCUCGGAUGCGUUAGCCGUAAGUGUCGUGAACGAAUCGCGUACAGAUAUACCGCGAUAUAUCAUAGCCAACACGGGAAGUGUUCGGUUCGACAUGUAUAAGGGUCCUUUCACUUACGACGACCAAUUCAUCGUCUCUCCAUUUCGCGAUAUUUUCUUGUACAUAGCAGGAGUGCCUUACGCCAUCGCGAAAAACUUGACCGAAUUGCUCAACAAUGCCGGGGCCAGUCGGAAGCGCAACGUUGGCGUCGUUCCUAUUGAACGCGACAUUUGUGUCGACCCCUUCCCCCCUGUCCACUUUACGGAACUUGGACGUGAAGAGAAGCUCGAGCCUCAGGCUCACGCUUACGCCCAGGCUCACGCUCGUAUUUCAAGGCGUCAGGUCAUCGACUUAACCGCGGGAUAUACGACAAAGGACGACUUUGGAACCGACGGUGACGACACUGCCCAUUCCGAAAUUCCACACUAUGAAAUUCCCGAUUUCUUCCAAGCCGUUGCCGGAUUCAACGAUAGCCAGCCGGCAGAAGUUGUCGACGUUGUGUUUGUUGACUUUAUCGAGAGUGAUCUUCUUGCUAUCCUCGGCUCCAACUAUAGCUCUAGCCAUGUGUCUUACUACAUUGAUGCGAACUUCACCACGCAAGAUUAUUUACCGUUGUAUAUCCAGCAGACGGAGGUUUUCCAAACCGGACUGCCUAACUGUAGAUAGGUUAGCGAAUAUUGUAGGUAACAAUUAGCGAUCACCAUUUUGCCCAUUCUAGAAAAAAAAUGAAGUUUUAAUUGGGUAGUGGUUAAUAUUUUUGCUAAGAUCCGAUUAGGUACCUAGGUACCUAAGCUAGCUUCCAGGGAGAAACAUGUCGAGAGCUACAUAUGCACGUCAAUCCCUUUAGUUUGAGCUUGAAUCUCCGCUUUUAAUAGGUACCUUUUCCUGUACCUCCAAAGUUAGGUACCUAUGGAGGUACGUAUACCUUGCUAACCUAAGUUACUACCUUAACGCGUUAAAGGGGUAUUUAAAAAUAAUUAUAAAGAUAAUUUUAAAGGUAAAAAUGUUUAUAUUAUAAUAUUAUAUAAAAAAUACUUUUAUUUAUUUAAAGUUAUUAAUAAAUAUAUAUAUAAAGUUGAAAAUAAAUAAUAUAUAAAUUAAUAUAAUAAAUUUA